AUGGAAAUUGCUACUAGUCUGAAGCGUUCAGAGAGGCGCUUGUCGGCCAGCAAUCACCACUCUGGUGCGUGUUUGAUGAUGCUGGAUGACAUAGAAGAUCGUCUGUGGACUGAUACCAGCUCUCUGGAUAUUAUGAUCGGCGGGGACUCUGAACAGGCCGUGUGUGAGGGCUGCACGCGGAUCAUCUCAGACCGCUUCCUGAUGCGGGUCAACGAUGCAUCCUGGCACGAGGAGUGCUUGCAGUGCGCCGCCUGCCAGCAGCCGCUCACCGCUACCUGCUACUUCAGAGACACAAAGCUCUACUGCAAGACCGACUACCAGCACUUGUUUGCUACAAAGUGCAAUGGCUGUCUGGAGAAGAUAGCACCCACAGAGUUUGUAAUGCGAGCUCUGGAGUGUGUUUACCACCUCAGCUGCUUCUGCUGCUGUGUCUGUGAGCGCCAGCUUUGCAAAGGAGACGAGUUUGUUCUGAAAGAAGGUCAGCUGCUGUGCAAGAAUGACUAUGAGAGGGAGAGAGACCUGCUCUGCACAGUUAGUCCAGACAACUCUGACUCAGAUAAGAGUGAGGAUGGGGAUCUGAAUGUCAAGUCAGAGAAGUGCCCUUCAGCAGGGAAAUGCUGCAAUGACAGCAAAGACCCUCGCCGGCCAAAGCGGCCACGCACCAUCCUCACCACCCAGCAGAGGAGAGCCUUCAAGGCCUCCUUCGAGGUCUCAUCCAAACCCUGCAGAAAGGUGAGAGAGACCCUGGCUGCAGACACAGGACUGAGUGUUCGUGUGGUCCAGGUCUGGUUCCAGAACCAGAGAGCAAAGAUGAAGAAGCUAGCCCGCAGACAGCAGCAACAGCAGGAGCAACAUAACAGUCAAAGGCUAGGCCAAGAAGUAACAGGUUGUAUAGAGGGCCUGCUCAGCUCCUACUCAGGGCCUCUCCCUCCAAACCAACAGCAGCAGCAUCUGGUGACCAUGGAGCACAACAGCUACAACACCGACCCCUUCCAGCAGGGUCUCACCCCACCACAGAUGCCUGGUGACCACAUGAACCCCUAUGGUACUGACUCCUUUGUCCAUGACACUGACAGUGACACCUCUCUGACAAGUCUAAGUGAUUGCUUCAUGGCCACUACAGAUGUAGGCUCCUUGCAGGUUCAGACGGGGAACCCCAUCGAUCACCUGCACUCAAUGCAGAGCUCCUACUUUGCCUCCUGA